AUCUUAUUUAAUUUUGGUUUCUGCUGAUCACGCUCUUCUCUCUCUCUCUAGAGUCCGACGUUUCUCUCUCUAGAUUUCGAUCCAUUCGCAAGCAAUUUUCCGAUUACCCGGUCAUCGAUUCUCCGCAAUGCCCACCGAUCAAGCCGAAAUCACCACCGACGAGGUUUUGAGUAGAGAUAUUCCAUGGGAAACUUAUAUGACUACUAAGCUGAUCACGGGGACAGGGCUUCAGCUGCUGCGGCGAUACGAUAAGAAACCCGAGAACAAGAAGGCUGAUUUGCUUGAUGAUGAUGGUCCGGCUUAUAUUCAUGUUUUUGUUAGCAUUUUGCGUGACAUAUUCAAGGAAGAAACUGUAGAGUAUGUUUUGGCUCUGAUUGAUGAAAUGCUUUCUGCAAACCCCAAAAGAGCAAGACUGUUUCAUGACAAGUCUCUUGCUGGCGAGGAUCUAUACGAACCUUUCAUAAGAUUACUCUGGAAAGGUAACUGGUUUAUUCAAGAGAAGAGCUGUAAGAUACUCUCUUUGAUAGUAAGCGGAAGGCCAAAAUCCCAAGAUGCCAAUGCUAAUGGGGAGUCAAGUUCAAAGCAGACAACCACUACUAUAAAUGAUGUAUUGAAGGGACUAGUUGAGUGGUUGUGUACACAGCUGAAGAACCCAUCUCAUCCCAGUCGUGGCAUUCCAACAGCUAUUAAUUGCCUUGCAACUUUACUGAAAGAGCCUGUUGUGCGAUCUUCAUUUGUUCAAGCAGAUGGAGUGAAGUUGCUGAUUCCUCUAAUUACUCCAGCAGCCAAUCAACAAUCCAUCCAGCUCCUUUAUGAAACCUGCCUUUGUGUAUGGCUCCUAUCAUACUAUGAACCUGCAAUUGAGUACUUGGCCACUUCUAGAUCCUUGCCACGGUUGAUUGAAGUUGUUAAAGGCUCGACAAAGGAAAAAGUUGUCAGGGUAGUUAUUCUGACUCUUAGGAAUUUGCUGCACAAAGGUACAUUUGGUGCUCAGAUGGUAGACCUGGGAUUGCCUCAGGUUGUUCAGAAUUUAAAAGCUCAGGCAUGGAGUGACGAGGAUCUGCUGGAAUCUCUGAAUCAAUUGGAAGAAGGAAUGAAAGAUAACAUCAAGAAGCUAAGUUCAUUCGAUAAGUAUAAGCAGGAAGUCCUCCUCGGACAUCUGGAUUGGUCACCUAUGCAUAAAGAUCUUAUAUUCUGGCGGGAAAACAUUACGAGCUUUGAAGAACAUGAUUUUCAGAUUCUGAGGGUUCUGAUCACAAUCUUGGACACAUCAUCUGAUCCAAGAACACUUGCUGUAGCUUGCUAUGAUCUGUCGCAGUUCAUUCAGAACCAUCCUGCUGGUCGAAUAAUUGUGACCGACCUCAAAGCCAAGGAUCGGGUUAUGAAAUUGAUGAACCAUGAGAAUGCAGAGGUUACUAAGAAUGCCUUGCUCUGCAUCCAAAGGCUCUUUCUAGGUGCCAAAUAUGCAAGCUUUGUGCAGGUUUAGUUAUAUAUAUAUUGUUUAUUCUAAAAGUUAUUGGUUUUUCCAUCUAAAAUCGUGAGGUUUUUUUUCUUUUCGAAACGGACGGCCGAAGUUUGUGUGUGUAUUAUUUAAUUAUUUCAGAUCGGGCUGUGCCCAUUUUCGUCUGUUGUUAAUAGUGAUCGAUGGUUACUUUGUAUUUUUCUUACACACCAUCCAAUAAGUUGACAAUGGUUGCAUUUGUUGAUGUGAUCUGUAAUUGUCAUGUUAUCUUUUUGGGCCAAAAUUUGACCUAAAUAUUUAAGUAUUUUUUUUGUAUUGAUCAAUUUUUACCAUGUAUUUGUU